CUCUCUCUCAAUCCAUAUUUUUUUAUUAUUAUUAUUUAUUUAUGAAGUGAUUUGGUGAGUGGGGAGAUUGGCCUUUGGUGCGAUUCCAAGAAAUUCACGUUUCAGCCACACUUGUCUCUCUGGCUUUGUUUUCUUUGUCCUAUUCCUAUCCCAAACUUCUUGUGGCUCUCUCUCUCUCUCAGAUUCAAUUACCGCUUUUGUUUUCUUGUCCUUAGAUUCUCCGCCACCUGCACAUUACCCAUCUCCUACCACUCCUCACUCCUUUCAACGCUUUUUGAUUUCUUUCAGAUUCAUCUUACUAACUAUCUCUCAGUAAAAGGUGUUCCAUUUUGUUCCUUUUUCACUCUGCGUUUCAUCUCAUUCUUUCCGACACUGCUAGAGCUCGAUGGGAGAUGUGGCUAAGGACCUUGCAGCUGGGACUAUUGGAGGGGCAGCACAGUUGAUAUGUGGACACCCCUUUGACACCAUCAAGGUCAAGCUCCAAAGCCAGCCUGCACCACUCCCUGGUCAGCUUCCCAAGUAUUCAGGUGCAUUUGAUGCUGUCAAGCAGACAAUAGCAGCUGAAGGACCAAGGGGUUUAUACAAAGGCAUGGGUGCCCCACUUGCUACUGUAGCAGCCUUCAAUGCUGUCCUGUUUACAGUGAGGGGACAAAUGGAAACAUUAGUGAGGUCCCAUCCUGGUGCCCCCCUCACAGUGAAUCAGCAGUUUGUUUGCGGAGCUGGAGCUGGAGUUGCUGUUUCCAUUCUUGCUUGCCCAACUGAAUUGAUCAAAUGCAGGUUGCAGGCACAAAGUGCGCUUGCUGGCUCAGAAACAGCUACUGUGGCUGUUAAGUAUGGAGGACCCAUGGAUGUGGCCAGGCAUGUUCUCAGGUCAGAAGGGGGCACGAGAGGUCUUUUCAAGGGCCUUGUUCCCACUAUGGGGCGUGAGAUACCUGGAAAUGCUAUAAUGUUUGGUGUAUAUGAAGCAUUAAAGCAAAAGUUUGCAGGAGGCACUGAUACUUCUGGCCUAAGUAGAGGUUCUCUGAUUGUUGCUGGAGGCUUGGCUGGAGCUUCCUUCUGGCUCAUUGUUUACCCAACUGAUGUUAUUAAGAGUGUUAUUCAAGUAGAUGAUCACAGAAACCCAAAAUUUUCUGGUUCAUUUGAUGCAUUCAGGAAGAUUCGAGCUUCAGAGGGGAUCAAAGGCUUGUAUAAGGGUUUUGGUCCUGCAAUGGCCCGAAGUGUUCCUGCAAAUGCAGCAUGCUUCUUGGCAUAUGAGAUGACAAGAUCAGCUCUGGGAUGAUUAAUUCUUGUAGCAGGCUUAAUAUCAAAUUCUCAUGUUUCUUUUUUCCUUCUGUUCAUUAAACAGUUUUAGUCCAUCCAUUGACAUCUAGCCACACAAGCGCGUCUUCUGUUAUAGCUUCGGUCAUCGGCUCAUUCUUUCACCGGUAGUAAUAUUCAAACAUCCUUUAGUUUCAGGUGCCA